AGGAAGAGAUUGAAAACCCUAGCGAUCGACAACAAACUGCUCUCCGAUUCUCCGGCGAGAUGCCUUUCCUCUCUCAAACCUUCAAAGCAAGUGCUGAAACACCACGGCACCGACAUCAUCCGCAAGUCGCAGCGGAAGAACCGAUUCCUCUUCUCCUUCCCUGGGCUUCUCGCUCCAAUCUCCGGCGCCACCAUCGGCGAUCUCGAUCGAUUGUCCACCAAAAACCCCGUCCUCUACCUCAAUUUCCCCCAGAUUGUGUUCUCUGAAUCAUGGUGGAUUGGGACAGAAGAAGAGAAUCCUGAAGAAGCCCGCCUUGAUUUCCCUAAAGAACUGUCUCAGGCGGCAGAGCAAACGGAGUUUGAUUUCCGAGGCGGUGCCGGAUCAGCAGGUUCGGUCAAGACGCAGGCGACUCCUGAAACUGGUAGCCAACCAACAGAGACAGACUCACCUGAGGUUGAAAUGGAGGAGUUUUUAUCUGAUGAUGGAGAGUUUAUGGACGAUAAGAUUCAAGUGACACCCGUUCAAGUAACACCAGUUCGACAGUCUCAGAGAAAUUCUGGAAAGAAAUUCAACUUUGCAGAGACUUCACCAGAAGACUCAUCAGGUGAAAGUGAUGGCAAUACUUCUGAUGAAGAAGAUGUGAAACCUCCGUUGGAACCUGAUUCUUCAACAAGAGGUCGCGAGGAAGUCGAAGCUGGUACUGCUGCAUCAGCAGGCGAGUUUCUUACCGAACUUCCGGCUAAAAAGGAAAAAUCAAACAGCAGAGACGGUAAGCUCGUUCAAGCUACUGUAGCUAACCUAUUCAAGAAAGCAGAGAAGAAAACAGCUGAUGAGAGAAACUUCAUGCAAAUAGGAGGUUUAACUCCAGCUAUAGCAAGCACUGAGCUUGGUAAAGUCCAGAUCCCAUCUCCACAUAUCAAACCAGAAGCCACUGCUGUCGCAAAAGCUUCAGCCUUUGGUGCAUCUAACCUCUCCCAGACAAACAAAAUCAAACUCCCCACGCACAUGUCGAUUGCAAAGUAA